UUGUAGGCCAACAUCUGCAGGAGGGCCGACGUUGAGCAGCCGGCCAGCCUUUUAAGUAACGAGGAACGCCCGAAUAGUGACCUCUGGAGGCCAGCGGAGAGAAUAGCUGCGGCCUGUAAGCCUUCCUCCUCCACGAGUCCUCGGACUGGCGCACGAGAAGCGAGCCCAGCGUUCUCCAGGUUCCUCUGCUUUCGUGCAAGCCGAGCUUCCUUGCAGCGCCGGAGUGAAGCUGCCGCCCGUCGAGAAGCGGCGCGGGAGCGCGAGCGUCAGCGCUUUUGCCUGUGUGCUCGGCUGAAGCAUCAAAAUAUAACUGGGUAUCAAGAUGUCUAUUCAGGAAAAGAAAGGAUCAGUCCGCAAAUCAAAGCCAAUGAUUGUAAAGACCUCUUUGAAUAGCCCUUAUGCUCUUCAGUGGAGUACACUCAGUGGAGCAGACAUGCACUUCAUAUUGGAGGCUUUAGAAGAAGUUUUGAAACAAAAUGGAUUUAAAAAGAUAGAGACUAGGAGGAGGAGAAAACCCUGCUCAGGGAAAAAAGAAGAUAAAGAAAAAUGUCAUGCGGACACCAGCAAACUUCAAGAUGAAAAUGAACCGGAAGACACAAAAGCACAUGGCUGGACCAACCAACAUAUCAGAAACCAAUUGGCCAUUGGGAUCAAUGAAGUAACGAGAGCUUUGGAAAAAGAUGAGCUACUCCUGGUGCUGGUGUGCAAAUCUGUCAAACCUGCUAUGAUCACUUCACACCUCAUUCCGCUCAGUGCAAGUCGAGCCAUCCCAGCUGGCCAGGUUCCACGCCUCAGUGAAAGUCUAGCACCAGUUCUUGGCUUAAAAUCUGUCCUAGCCCUGGGAUUUAAAAGGAACACUGAUGCUUUUGCAGAGAUAGCCAAAGUGAUUAUUCCACGAAUACCUAAUCUAGAUGUCCCGUGGAUUCAGCAUGGACCCGGCCAGUCCUGCGUGAGUGAAGAUUCUAAUCUAAUGGACCUGCAGACAGCUGAGUCCACAGAGUCAAAACCAGAAGAGUGUUCUGCCAGUCAGAAGAGGAAAAGAAUGGACAGCAGCAAGAUUACCUCUCCUUAUGCAACUCUGCAGACUCUGAAAAUUAAAAAAAUAGUUCCCAAUCCAAACAAGCGGAGGAAGCUUCCCAAAACUAAGAAACGUAUGUCAAAGUAACUGGUUGGAUUGAUUUGGAUCCCACUGUUAUAUAUGCUUUCCCACCUGUGUGUUAGUAAAAACCUAUAGAACUACUAAGCAAGAUUUGUACCUGUAUUGAUUUUAUACAAAGAAAGCAACGUACUGUUUAAAUCUUCACUGAGCUUAUAGAUUUGUUCAGAGAUUAAAGUAUAACUGCUUUACAAAAUUCUCAA